GUUUGUAGCAGAAUGCCUCACUCUGGGAUCUACCAUUACAAUCACAGCAUAGAUUUAACCAAAAUACUGUAGUACCCGAAACGGGAUUACUUCUUUUACUUUAAUACAGCUGAUGUUUGUUUUGGCACCACAAAUAAUCGGUUCGGUGCUGUCAGUGAUUUUUUUUAUUAUUAUUUCUUAAACAAAUCUCCAAAACAUACCUCAGAAAAAUAAUUUCGAUAUUGCAAACACGGAAAUCCCGGAACUAAAUGGAUUAGUCUUCUUUUUUAGAUGUUGCCUGCUACUCUGUACUUGAUGAAGCAAUAAGGACUUUAAACAGUUCAGUGAGACUGUUGAAUUGCGUUUUCUGUUCUUCGUUUAUUUCGUUAAAAGCUCAAUUUCCUUGAAAAAAAAAACCCGAAGCAUGGCUAGAAUGCUGAGCAGGGACCUCCGGGACAUUGAGAAUAUCCUGACUUUAAAUCCACGUGUGAAGACUCAUGCAUCACUGUGUUCUACGGCGACAACUAAAAGGGAGAAGAAACAUUGGAAGAGAAAUGCUGAUAAAAAUUGUUCAAGCUGCGAGAAGCUGGAGAACAAUUUUGAUGACAUCAAACACACGACUCUGAGUGAGCGUGGAGCACUUCGAGAAGCAAUGAGGUGUCUUAAAUGUGCAGACGCCCCAUGUCAGAAAAGCUGUCCAACAAAUCUGGAUGUUAAAUCCUUCAUCACAAGCAUUGCUAACAAGAACUACUACGGAGCUGCUAAGACUAUUUUCUCUGACAACCCCCUUGGACUGACAUGCGGAAUGGUGUGUCCAACCUCUGACCUGUGUGUGGGAGGCUGCAAUUUAUAUGCAUCGGAGGAGGGACCAAUUAACAUCGGUGGACUGCAACAGUUUGCCACAGAGAUAUUCAGCACAAUGGGGAUCCCUCAGAUCAGAAAUCCCAACCUGUCAGACAAAAUGCAUGAAAGCUUUCACACCAAGAUAGCCUUGAUUGGCUGUGGACCUGCCAGUAUUAGCUGUGCUUCUUUUUUGGGGCGACUGGGCUAUGAUGACAUCACCAUAUUUGAAAAACAGAAAUACGUUGGUGGUUUAAGCACUUCUGAGAUCCCCCAGUUCCGACUGCCCUACAACGUGGUGCAAUUUGAAAUUGAGCUUAUGAAGAACCUGGGUGUAAAGGUAGUUUGUGAGAAAGGUCUUGGCUAUGAUCAAAUGACGCUAAGCUCUUUAAAAGAAGAGGGAUAUGAAGCAGUCUUCAUUGGAAUGGGUUUGCCAGAGCCAAACAGACACCAAAUCUUUGAAGGACUGACAAUGGAAGAAGGUUUUUAUACUUCUAAAGACUUCCUGCCAUUGGUUGCCAAGGCCAGCAAACCAGGGAUGUGUAGCUGUCGUUCUCAGUUGCCAGUCUUGCAUGGCACAGUAAUAGUGCUGGGUGCUGGUGAUACUGCCUUUGACUGCGCCACCUCUGCAUUGCGCUGUGGAGCCCGGCGUGUAUUUGUGGUCUUCAGAAAAGGAUUUAAAAACAUCAGGGCUGUCCCCGAAGAGAUGGAACUUGCAAAAGAAGAGAAGUGUGAGUUUCUACCUUUCCUGUCUCCACGGAGAGUUAUUAAAAAGGGUGGACAAAUCGUCAGCAUGGAGUUGUGUCGGACAGAAGAAAAUGAAGCUGGUGACUGGAUUGAGGAUGAGAGCCAAAUUGUUCAUCUGAAAACAAAUUUCAUCAUCAGUGCCUUUGGCUCAAUGCUGAAUGACAGAAAAGUGAAAGAGGCCAUGACUCCCAUAAAAUUUAACAGAUGGGGUCUCCCAGAGCUGGAUCCAGAGACUAUGCAGACCAGUGAACCAUGGGUGUUUGCAGGUGGGGACAUUGCAGGCCUGGCUAACACUACUGUAGAAUCAGUCAAUGAUGGCAAGCAAGCUUCCUGGUACAUUCACAAAUACGUACAGUCACUGCAUGGCCGUUCUGUGGACUGUAAACCCCAGCUUCCUCUGUUCUACACCCCUAUUGACCUGGUUGACAUCAGUGUUGAGAUGGCUGGGCUGAAGUUUCUGAAUCCCUUUGGUUUGGCAAGUGCUCCACCGACAACCAGUACAGCCAUGAUCCGGAGAGCUUUCGAAGAAGGCUGGGCAUUUGCUCUCACCAAGACGUUCUCCCUCGACAAGGACUUGGUCACCAAUGUUUCUCCUAGAAUUGUACGUGGAACUACCUCAGGCCAUGUCUUUGGUCCUGGACAAGGCUCUUUCCUCAAUAUUGAGCUCAUCAGUGAAAAGACAGCUGCAUAUUGGUGCCAGAGUAUAACUGAACUGAAAACAGAUUUCCCACAACAUAUUCUUAUCGCCAGUAUUAUGUGCAGUUAUAACAAGUCUGACUGGAUGGAACUCUCUAAAAUGGCAGAGGCUUCUGAAGCAGAUGCCCUGGAGUUAAACUUAUCUUGUCCACAUGGUAUGGGAGAGAGGGGCAUGGGUCUGGCCUGUGGGCAGGAUCCAGAGCUGGUGCGAAACAUCUGUCGCUGGGUACGACAAGCUGUUAAGAUCCCGUUCUUUGCCAAGCUGACCCCUAAUGUCACCAAUAUUGUGGAUAUUGCAAUGGCUGCUCAUGAAGGUGGUGCAGAUGGCGUUACAGCAACCAACACCGUCUCGGGGCUGAUGGGACUGCGAGCAGACGGCACACCCUGGCCUGCCGUUGGAGGAGGGAAACGGACCACAUAUGGCGGAGUGUCUGGAAAUGCCAUUAGACCAAUAGCACUUCGGGCAGUGUCUGCCAUUGCCAGGGCUUUGCCAGGGUUUCCUAUCCUAGCAACCGGAGGAAUUGAUUCAGCUGAGGCUGGAUUGCAAUUUCUUCAAGCCGGUGCUUCAGUAUUGCAGGUGUGCAGUGCUGUUCAGAAUCAGGACUUCACACUGAUUGAGGAUUACUGCACAGGGCUGAAGGCCCUGCUCUACCUAGAGAGCAUCGAGGAGCUGAAGGACUGGGAUGGACAGUCCCCUCCUACCCAAUGCCAUCAGAAAGGCAAGCCCAUUCUCAAGGUGUCUGAACUUGUGGGGAAGAAACUGCCUUGUUUUGGCCCAUAUCUUGAGGAGAGAAAGAUGAUGUUAGCUGAACAGAAGCUGAAGAUGAAAAUGGCUAGUGAAAGUACUGCUCAACAAUCCAAUCCAAAGCAACCAUAUACACCCAAAAAGCCUAUUCCUGCUGUCAGGGAUGUGAUUGCAAGAGCACUGAAACACAUUGGGACUUUUGGAGAACUGAACAUCAAGGAGCAAGUGGUGGCACUGAUUGAUGAAGAGAUGUGCAUUAACUGUGGGAAAUGCUACAUGACCUGCAAUGACUCUGGCUACCAGGCUAUUAAGUUUGACCCUGAAACCCACCUGCCUACAGUUACUGACAGCUGCACCGGUUGCACUCUGUGCCUUAGUGUAUGCCCCAUAAUCGACUGCAUCAGAAUGGUUACCAGGACAACACCUCAUGUGCCAAAGAGAGGCCUGCCUCAAGCUGUUGAUCCGGUUUGCUAAAGAAGCCUGGGUUCGCCUAUUGAAAAAGGACCUAACCUCUACUUCACAGCAUUGAUUCACUUCAUAAUUGCAGUGUGAAAAAUUACCUUUAUUAUAAAAACGAAUAAUUAGUUGGAGAAAUAAUUACCUUAUAUUCCCAAGCCAAUUAUCCAGAAAUAAUUGUGCGGACACAAAUAGUUGCAUUAUUUCUAAACAAUAGCCUGCAAUAUUUUUUUCUGUCAGUGCUGUAGUAAUGAAACUGAAGGGGAGUUUGAAAAUAAUAGAUGUUUAUGUACUGUAGAUCUUAUAUCAAGGACUAAUGCAACAUUUCUAAACAGGACAGGAUGACAGUUUUUAUAGUUCUACCAUAAGUUUACAGCUGGAGGUGAGCAGCCGAGUGAGAUAUUUCAAAUUUUUUUUGUUUGCAAAAUAAUUAGACAAGGAAUUAUCAAAGAUGAAGAGAUGUUUCUUUGUUUUUCAGAAACUAAAAAUUACAGAAACUCAUUCAAAUUAAACCCCAGGGGAUAUAUAAUGCUAAAUUUAAUUAUGGGAGUAUGUCAUAGUAUGUAAUUAUUUGAAAUAUUUUUAUAGUAACUUUGCUUCAGGUCAUAUCUACAAAUUAGAACUGGGCAAGUUUCGGUCAAUACAAGUGACAAUUUUGAACUCACUUAUCAGUGUACCUGAUUUUGUAUUCGAUUGUCCAUUUCUUUUCCCUUUUUAUGGCAAUAUUAUAGCUUCUUCAUUGUGAGUUUUUCAUGUAUGGAUAUUUUGAGGCAUUAAUAUGAGGUAUUGAUAGCGAUAACAGAAAAUAUCAACUCACCUUAAUGAGCUGUUCAGCUAAUCCAAUCGUCACUUACUACUUCAGAGCAAUGAGCUGAUGUGCCGUACUGUAUGUUACAAUUAUAUCAGAAGUAAUAAAAGUUUGAACUCUAA